AUGUCAACAGUAUUCUAUCGUUGGGGCGCCAGUCGAAAUGAGCAACGAGUGACGUUCGAUGGAACUCAUAUCUCAGUAUUCGAUCUGAAGAGGGAGAUUAUACUGGGUAAUAAAAUGGGUAAUGGGAAAGAUUUUGAUAUUGGUGUAUAUGAUAAUGUUACAGGAGAAGAAUUCAGAGACGAUAAUCACCAAAUUCCUCGAUCUUCAUCCCUUAUUGCAAGGAGAUUACCUUCAUCAGCGAAAGGAAGAGGUAAUGCCCAAAAUUACAUAGUGGGAACUUCAGCUGCAGAUGCCUUGACGGGUGAUCAUAGGAUUGAAUCUCAUGCUAGACAGGCAAUGCAGGAUAAGCAGAAUAGAUUGGGUGGGAUAAGAGGCUCGGCGGGUACAUUUGGGAGUAUGUCGAAACGGUUCGAUGGGAAAGAUGAUGCCAAGCCCGGAGAACCCAGCGUACCGAUCUCAACGGGGAACGCAGAGGAAGAUGCCAAGAUAGCAGCUGUUCUUGCUCAAGGCGCGGAAACUUGGGAACAGAUGCAAGAGGAUAUGUCAGCUGGCUAUCGAGCACCAGCAGUUCGAGCAGCACGGUCCAAUAAACCCUCCGGAUCGGCCGUAGCUGCUGCCACACAAAAGUACGAUUUUGGCUUACAGCAUGAUAAAGAACCUCCAGCUGGUUAUAUCUGUUACCGAUGUGGUAAAAAAGGCCAUUGGAUCGAGAAUUGUCCCGACAAUGAAGAUCCAGGUGCGAAUGAUCGAAAGCGAUUUGUACGAGUCACAGGUAUUCCAAGGAGUUUCUUGAAGACUGUUGAAACUCCUGGUGGAGUUGAGGGUUCAAGCGGUGGUGCGAUGUUGACUGCUGAUGGAGGUUUUGUACGUGCUGUUCCUGAUCAACGUCAAUGGCAAAAACAAGCUGCUGUGAAACCACGAGCUCUCACCGGAUCCGACGUCCGUGAUUCUCAACCGUUGGACCCAUCGUUGAUCUGUCCAAUAUGCAAAAAACUUGUCUGGGAAGCUACGACCACGCCAUGCUGCAAGACCAGUUUCUGUGAAGAAUGCAUAACGAAUCAUCUGUUAGAGAACGAAUUCGAAUGUUAUACGUGCGAGUCAAAGGUGCAGAGCUUAGAUAAGUUAAUAGUGAAUCAGGAAUUGAGAGACAAGGUGAAUAAGUAUGUGGAAGGUGAGGUUGAGAGGUCUACCAAGGAGAAGAAGGAGAGUGAUGAACAGGAAAACGCAGAAGCAGAGGAAAACGGCGAAAAUGAUGGUGAGAAAUUAGAGAAAAAUCAAGAUGGUGUGGAUAAAGGUGACGAAGAGAUUGAAGAAGGUGCUAUAUCACCUACUAAGGCAGAAAAGAAUCCUCGACCUAAUCUGAAAGGAUCUGAUAUCGACCAACAACCUAAAAAUCAAAUGUUAGGAGCGAACGGACAAGCUGUAGAUCUCGAUAAACUUACACCACAGGUGAUAAAUACAUAUCUUAUGGGGGCCAAGAAAAUGUUAUUGAACCCAUCGCUUCUCUCUCCAGCUCGGAAUAUCUUAAACCAGCAAAUCGCAUUACUCCAAACUCAAUUAUUGAAAUUACAAAUGAUGAAUCUGAAUAACGGUGGGAAUGGUGGUGCGCCGAACGUAGCAUUAGGUCAAAUAGGAAAUGGUGGAUUCGGACAGCAAAAUCAGUUUAACGAUAUGGGGAUGAACAUGAUGAUGAUGGAUCAAAUGAAUAUGAACAUGGGGAUGAAUAUGGGGAUGAAUAUGGGUAUGGGUAUGAUGGACAAUAUGGGUAUGAACAUGGGAAUGGGCAAUCAAUUACCUUUCCACCAACAACAACAACAUCAUCAACAACAGCAACAGCAUUUCGGUAUGAAUAGAGGAAGAGGUGGAUUUAGAGGAGGUGGUGGGAGAGGAAGAGGUGUACCGUUCGCUCCUGCUUUGACUGGUAGAGUACCUCCCAGAGGUCCAAAUAUGGGUAUGAAGAGAGGACCGGAAGAAGAACUGAGUAAUGGUAAUGGGGAGAAUAAACAACAGAAAGUCAUGUAA